AUGUGUUUGGAGGUGGAAGAGGUUAUGGUCCAGGAUACUGUUAAAUAUAUGGAAAACCAGGUGCAAAAAGCCGGCGUCAGUGUUAAGAAGUUCUGUUCAGAAGUCAUGCAAGAUAUGAUUCCUUCAUCAUGUGUGAAAGUAGCUGCAGAUGACUUGUCUAUGUAUCCUCAUUCUCAUACUGAUAUCAAUAAGAAGCUAAAACCGUGCUUAUCAGAGAAUUGGGGAGAGGUUAAGAAUAAAGCAACUGAGGAUAAAGUUAUUGAUGCCAUGGACAAGUGGAAAAUAUCUCUGAUAAGUGGACUUGAAGGUGUAAACCAUCUCUCUCCACUAUCUUCUGGAUUUCCUGUCCAAAAUGCAUGCUCUGAGGUCUUUUCAGCUAAAGGCAAAAAAGUGGGCAUCUACAAACGUCGUCCUAUUGGCAUCAAAAGAAUUUCUGAGAAAAAUUAUCUGCCAAAGAUAUCUGAACCAAUGACUCCUGUAUCAGCUGAUAAGAACACAUUAAGUGAUGUGGGAGCAAGUACAGAGUUAGUCUCACAUGAAAGAUGUGAUUCUGGAGAAACAGUGAAUAUGAGUACACAGAUCUUUGCAACUGAAUCUGCAACUUCGAACACAAUCCUAUCAGUUGAUCCUGUGAGGCAAAAGGAUGAAGAUGCUCAGUGUAUCUCAUCUUGUCAUGACUUGCCCUCAGAAUCUAUUGGUACAUCCAAGAAUGGUGGUAGAGGGCUUCAAUUAUGUUCAAAUAUUCAGAGUCAUACAUGUAGUGCUGAAUCUGGUGGCGAGGAGGUUACAUUGUCUGAUGAAGAUAACAUUGAUGUGGAGGUUGAGAAUGCCGUACUUGUUGAGCCAGGAGUGGAUACCAUCAAGCAAGUUACCAAGACAAAGUUGGAGGAGUCUUGCAUUUUAGUGGAAGGGAAUGAGAUUCGUGUUGUUCCACAAGGCAUACGCAAACAUAAAUCAUACAAGAAAAAGAUCAGUGAAGCUUUUUCAUCAAAAUUGAGAUCAAGAAAGAAACAAGAGUAUGCCCAGUGCAUUCCUCAGUCCAGACAUUUAGGCGGAACGGGAAGUACAGAUAUCGUGAUUCCUGAUCGUACCCCGGACUUUGAGAAAAAGAAAUUACCGUCACAAGAUUUUUGCGAAUCCGACUGGGAGUUUCUCUAG